ACACAAGCAGGGCAAGCCACAGUAUAUAAACUGAGAGCAAGGCCCACUCCCUCUUUGCACUGAAGAUGUUUCCUAGUCUGGCAAUGAAACGUCUGCAAGAAAAUAAGGCUCAGAGAGCACCAAGGACUGCACAGCCAUUUAUUCAGUUUCUUACUAGCUAAUUUGCUUAUCCUGAACGUAUAACUUUGCUUAUUUGGGUACUAAUUACCUUCAUUUUUCUCAUUUGAUUUGCCAAACCAAUGUAUUUAUGCACAUGAUGCAUAAGAACAAAAGUGUCUUGCUGAACUGAGUGGCAGGGCUUUCUACUCGUAAGAUUCUGUGGCAUGCAGGUGCAGUCAGAUGCCUCAGGAAGCUCAUAAAUGGGACACAUGAGUAAUAGUCCUUUUCCACUAUUGGCCCCAGCAGCCAUUGAUGCCAUUCAUGAUUUUCAUCAAUCAAAGAGGUCCUGUCUUUUAUCAGUCCUGAAUUUCCCCAUAUUUAGAUUGAAUUAAUGCUUAUUGAGUCUACUAGUGUAAGAACUGGAGAAACAUACUGUAUUCACGUUUCCUUGGCUGUUCAUAGUGUCAGAGAGAGAGAGAAAAACUUGCAAAAUGUGAAUACAGAAUCUUUCUCCAGUUCUCAUCCAUUUGCUGGUCCAUCUAACCACCAACCAUCCUUUCUGCAGUACCCUGCCCGCCUCUCUCCCUGCUUCUCAAGUCAGCACAAGGGAACUGCUCCAGCCCUGUAAUUCCCAGCUGAAAUCUGGUGAACCAUGAAUUUGCUGGCUUGGUCUUAGGCUGUCAAUUGUGCUACAUGCACUCCUUUCGCUUCUCUAUAUAGCAGACUGCUUCCUAGAGUUGGUUUAAGACUGUACAAUUAACCCUUUGAACAUACAUCAAACAUGAAUACCUUUUAUGAAUGUUGCAUAAUCCGUGUGUCCCACCAAAAUUGAUUCAAGGCAGAUUGACAUAGAAUAUUCUAUCACAUCAGAAGAGUGGGAAAAAUGCUAUCAUUUGGAAGAGAUUCAAGAAAGAGCAAUGAAAAUAACCAUGGAAUUGAAAACUCCUCUGAAGAGGGAUGAUAUGAACUUGGUAUGUAUUAGCCUUGAGAAAAGGAUACAAUUUACUGUUGAACUUCGUGCAUUGUUAUCAUGUGAAGAAAAGAACCCCACAUCUAUUUGCUCUCAUUCCAAAGUGCAGGGCAUGACACUAAAUGACAGGCAGAUUCUGUUUCAGUAUUGGAAAAUGCCUCCCAACAAAGCAGUUCUCCAGUGGAACCAGAUCCCUAGGGUUCCCUUUGGCUGGGUAUAUUCAAGCAGAGGUUGCUCUUAGAGCUUGAAUUUGAUUGUUGUAAGCAUAACAGCGGGGGGCAAAAAAACGGUACUGGUCUUUUGAAGGUGGAAUGGAUUACAAGGUCCCUGGGGCAGUUAUCAAUGGAGAAAUACCUGCACAACUCACUGGAGAAACAAAGAAAAAAGGAGCAGUGAAUCAAACACUAGAUCGAGAUCACUGGAACAACAAGUUGGAAUAUGUGCUGUCUGUGGCAGGAGAAAUCAUUGGUUUGGGGAAUGUUUGGCGGUUCCCUUAUCUCUGUUACAAAAAUGGUGGUGGUGCCUUCUUCAUUCCCUACCUCAUCUUCCUUUUCACCUGUGGAAUUCCAGUGUUUUUCCUGGAGACAGCCCUGGGACAGUAUACCAGUCAGGGAGGGGUCACUUCCUGGCGGAGGCUCUGCCCUCUCUUUGAAGGGAUUGGGUAUGCUUCUCAAGUGAUUGUGGUACUCCUUAAUUUCUAUUACAUUAUUGUCCUGGCUUGGGCGUUGUUUUACCUCUUCAGUUCAUUCACCAUAGACCUCCCGUGGGGCAGCUGUGAUCAUGAAUGGAAUACAGAGAACUGUGUGGAAUUCCAGAAGAACUCUUCUCUAAAUGUGACUGUGGAAAAUGCCACCUCUCCUGUCAUUGAAUUUUGGGAGAGAAGAGUGUUAAACAUUUCUGAUGGCAUAGAACAUUUGGGCACAGUGCGCUGGGAACUGGCACUCUGCCUUCUUCUGGCAUGGAUCAUCUGUUAUUUCUGCAUUUGGAAAGGAGUUAAGUCUACAGGCAAGGUAGUAUACUUCACUGCCACCUUCCCAUACCUCAUGCUGAUUGUUCUGCUGAUCAGGGGGGUCUCCUUGCCUGGGGCAUCUAAAGGGAUCCUCUUCUACCUUUACCCAGACCUCACUCGACUCAGUGAUCCUCAGGUAUGGAUGGAUGCAGGCACUCAAAUAUUCUUCUCAUAUGCCAUUUGCCUGGGGUGUCUAACAGCUUUGGGCAGCUACAACAAGUAUCAUAACAACUGUUACAGGGAUUGCAUCGCUCUGUGUUUUUUGAAUAGUGGGACAAGUUUUGUGGCUGGCUUUGCCAUUUUUUCCAUCCUGGGUUUUAUGGCAGAAGAACAGGGAGUGCUUAUUUCUGAGGUAGCUGAGUCAGGGCCUGGUCUGGCUUUCAUUGCUUACCCACGAGCUGUUGUCAUGCUGCCUUUCUCCCCAUUAUGGGCUUGCUUCUUCUUUGUUAUGGUGGUUCUCCUGGGAUUGGACAGUCAGUUUGUCUGUGUGGAAAGCCUGGUGACUGCCAUAGUUGACAUGUACCCUGGAAUCUUCCGGAAAAAGAACCGCAGAGAAACUUUAAUUCUUCUUGUCUCCAUCCUCUCAUACUUUGUGGGACUGGUCAUGAUCACAGAGGGUGGGAUGUAUGUCUUCCAGCUUUUUGACUACUAUGCUGCUAGUGGAAUGUGCCUGCUCUUCGUUGCCAUUUUUGAGACUCUGUGCAUUGGCUGGGUAUAUGGUGCUGACCGUUUCUACAACAACAUUGAAGACAUGAUUGGCUACCGGCCAUGGUCUGUUAUUAAGUACUGUUGGCUCUUCAUAACACCAGCCGUCUGCCUGGCAACAUUUCUCUUCUCUUUGAUUAAAUACACCCCACUGACAUACAACAAGAAAUAUGUGUACCCGUGGUGGGGAGACACUGUCGGCUGGCUGCUGGCACUCUCUUCAAUGAUCUGCAUCCCCCUCUGGAUUGUCUACAAACUUUCCACCAUUAAAGGAUCCCUGAGAGAGAGGUUCCAUCAGCUCAUCUGUCCAGAUGAAGACUUGCCUCAAAGAAUGUGUUCAGGCCAUCAGCCCUUUCCAUUGACAGAAUUAGAUUCCCGCUGUUAGGAGGAGUGGAAUCCUCUAUCCGUAUUGGACAAUCUUGGCCAAAGACCAAGAAGAGAGGAACCAAUGGCCUAAUUUUCCUCUCUUUCAAAGAAUCUGUGAAGGCUGCUAGAGAAAGAGAAUUCUCCCCAGAAGUUGGGGUGAAAGGCCAUGCUGCUGCUUCUGUUGAGCAGCAUAUUUACAGGAGACAAUUUAAACCACAAUGUUCUCUGUGAGUUCAUCUAGGAGUGGAACAGGAAUGACAGAACAUUGCAACAGAAACUUUUUAACAGGAUCACUGAAGAAUUCCUCUUGCAUAAGGUUUAGGGAGCAUUCCAUCCCAUCUAUAAAAUCCAUGUUUCUUCCAAUGAUU